AUGAAACAAAUAAUUAUGAAGGCUUUCGAUAAAAAAUAUAAAGUUAAACCUGGGAUAUCUGUUAUUGGCAAUACAGAAUAAUGUAACAUUCAAGUUCCUUUGCCUGUAUGUUUCAAAUUAAACUAUGAUUCAAAUAUUUUAUGGAUUUAGCCAAUUAUAAAUAUUCAUAGAAUUAAUGGCCAAGGAGAUGCUCAAUUAUUGAGGAUAGAUAAGGAAUAUGAAUUAGAUCUUACAACUGGUCAAAAACAAAUCAUUGUCUAAGAGCAAACAUUAACUUUUGAAUAUGCAAGACCAAAAAUCAUCAAAAUCAAUCUCAUCAAACAAAACAAACCAAAUUUAACUAUUCUCGAACCGCCAAUCAAUAAAUAGACUUAAAUUGAAUAAAAUGAAAAACCUAUAACAAAUUCAUAGAAAUCAAAAGGCUAACCUAAACAUUAUUUACUAGUUUAAAAUUAUGUAUUAAUAAUUAUUCAUAAUUAGAUUAAAUAAAUGAAUGGAGAGAAUACAGAAUCAAAUUUUCUAAUUUUUCAGUUUGUAAUGAUGAUCUGUUAAAAUUAUUAAAAAUGGGCAUUUAUGUUGAUAUUGAAUAAUAUAACAUUUUGGUUAUGGAAACAUUCAAGAGAACUUUCAAUCUCCUUUUAGCAAUUAAUGAAGGGAAAAUGA